CGGGCGGCCGGACCCCGCAGCGGCUGCACCCCGGUCACGAGCGUUCCAGGCCUCGAGCAAGGCCGCUAGCGGCGGGCUCGGCGCCGUCGGGGUGCGGCGCCCGGGAACGUUUCCCCAGGGCGGCGGGAGUUCGGCCGGGGUGACGGCGGGAGUCCGGCCGGGUGACGGCGGCAGCCGCGGAAUCACGUGCGUCGGCGGCGGGCUCGCCAUGGCGCGGGCGACACAGUGCUUGUGAAACUGAACACAGCAACAGUAUGGAUAUGGGCAACCAACAUCCUUCUAUUACUAGGCUUCAGGAAAUCCAAAAGGAAGUAAAAAGUAUAGAACAGCAAGUCAUUGGCUUCAGUGGUCUGCCAGAUGACAAGAAUUACAAGAAACUGGAGAGGAUUCUGACAAAACAACUUUUUGAAAUAGACUCUGUAGACACUGAAGGAAAAGGAGAAGUCCAGCAAGCCAGGAAGAGAGCAGCGCAAGAGACAGAGCGUCUUCUCAAAGAGCUGGAGCAGAAUGCGAACCACCCACACCGGAUCGAAAUACAGAACAUCUUUAAGGAAGCCCAGUCCCUCGUGAAGGAAAACAUCGUGCCAUUUUAUAGCGGCGGCAACUGCGUAACUGAUGAAUUUGAAGAAGCCAUCCAAGAUAUCAUUCUGAGGCUGACACAUGUUAAAACUGGAGGGAAGAUCUCCUUGCGCAAAGCAAGGUAUCACACUUUGACCAAACUCUGUGCGGUGCAGGAGAUUAUCGAAGACUGCAUGAAGGGGCAGCCUUCCCUGCCGCUCUCGGAGGACGUGCACCCUUCAGUUGCCAGAAUCAACUCCGUGAUGUGUGAAGUGAACAAAGCCAGAGGCACCCUGAUCGCGCUGCUCACAGGAGUGAGCAGCAACGAGACCUGCAGGCACCUCUCUUGUGUGCUCUCAGGGCUGAUGGCCGAUCUGGACGCGUUAGAUGUGUGCGGACACACAGAAAUCAGAAAUUACCGAAGGGAGGUAGUAGAGGAUAUUAACAAAUUACUGAAAUACUUGGAUUUAGAAGAGGAAGCAGAUACUACCUACGCAUUUGACCUGGGACAGAAUCAUUCAAUUUUAAAAAUAGAGAAGGUCCUCAAGAGAAUGAGAGACAUAAAAAAUGAACUUAUUCAAGCACAAAAUCCUGAGUUGUACCUGAGCUCCAAAACGGAAUUGCAGGGUUUGAUUGGACAGUUGGAUGAGGUAAGUGCUGAAAAGAACCCGUGCAUCCGGGAAGCCAGGAGACGAGCGGUGAUUGAGGUGCAGACCCUCAUCACUUACAUCGACCUGAAGGAAGCCCUCGGGAAAAGGAGGCUGCGUGCUUGUGACGAGCCCCCAUCGCAUAAGGCGGUCUGGGACAUUCUUGGAAACUUGUCCGAGAUCCAGGGAGAAGUUCUUUCUUUUGAUGGAAACCGAACCGAUAGGAACUACGCCCGGCUGGAGGAGCUGCUCACCAAGCAGCUGCUGGCCCUGGAUGCUGUCGACCCGCAGGGGGAGGAGCGGAGCAAAGCCGCCCGGAAGCAGGCGGUGGAGCUCGCCCAGAACGCCCUCGGCCACCUCGACCUCAAGUCCGAUGGCUGGGAGUACUGAGCCGCGGCGCUCGGGGCGGCGGCUGUCAUUCUGCGCCUUCCAUGUACUUCCGUGUGUUUGUAGAGAGCUUUCAGGGCAUCGAGCCCGAAUGCGGUGGCUACGAGAUAGCUCGGUCAGUACUGAUGGUUUAAGCAAGUUUAUAUUCAGUAUCUUUUGAUAGUGCGAAACAGAUAUUAUAGCACAUUAACUUUUCCAUUUGGAUCAUUAUCUGUAUGUUGUGUGGGGUUUUUUUUGUUUGUUUUUUAAUCAGAAAAUGGAAUGGGCAGCUUUUGUAAUUUUUAAGUGGGCUGUGCAAGCAUUAAAAUGCAUCUAUUUUAGGAUCUAGGAGUAGACAUAACCUCACGUGGUACUAGGACUGUCGUGAGGAAGGGGAGCACCUCGGUCAGGCGACGUGGGGCCCACGCACACGACCUGAGAGAGGCGGAGGCCCUUCUCUCGCACCCCUGAGGCUGGUCCCGCCCGGUCUGACCGCAGGCCGUCGUUCCUGUCCCGGUGGUCUGCACAUUCGCGAGCAGUUUUUGUAUGAAAACCGGUGUCUGUAUUAACUCCCAAACUCUGCGUUUAGAGGGAUGAAUCUUAUUUUUAUGUGGGACAUUAAGAAAAUUAUGAAAAUUAGCAGCAAAGAAACCGCCGAGACUGCACUGAAGAAGGGAUGAAACACCAGCUGACAGCCUCAAGUUGUUUUUGUUUGUAAAAUCUGAACUUACAAUUCCUUAGUAAUUAGUAAGGAUGGGAACUUGUAAAUGAAGUUAAUGAACCCUUAAAAAAAAAAAAAAGACGUCGUAUCUGUAGUAGGAUAAUGAAAAUUGGCGAUUAGUUACCAAUGUCAGGUUAUGCUAAAGAGGAACAAAAAUGUCUGAAAUGUGGCAUAUGAUGGGCUUCCGUCAUUCAAGGCUGUUAACCGUCAAAGCAAACACCCUGGUGCCGCUCUGCAGUGAGGAGAGCAGGAGCCGUCGCGGCCCCAGGACCGGGUCUUCGUGGCUUCCAGAGGAAGUCGGCGGGCGGCCGCUGGCGCCUUCAGCCGUCCCUCUGGGACCAAGCCGAGGGCUGCCGGGCCCCUGCUGUGCCGCGGGCUCGCGGGGGCGCCUCCUGCGCCUGAGAGCCGGCACAGGCUACCAGUGCAACGUUUCUUCUACUAAAGGGUAUGCAUGUUUCUGUAAAUAUUUUCGGGAAAUUCAAUUUUAUGGUUGCCUGUUAAUGUGAAAAAAGAAUGUCCCUGAUUUCUGAAGUGCCUUGAUACCGUGUUGGUCCCAGGACUGCAACUACCAGAUUCCUCUCCAUCACGACUCGCACAGAACCGCGAGAGUACGUCUUUUGAACUCUGUAGUAAUGUUUUCUUCCUGAGAUGCGAAUUUGCAUAAACAGCUGAAAGUAAGAUAAAGGAAUAGCCCUGGUACCUGAAAGAUAGUAAAAGUGUGGCCCUAAACACAUUUUCACUUUGUCCCAGAACCGCCCGAUAAUUAAGAGCCCUUUGCUAUAUCUUUGCUACCAGAAGUGUUCUAGGUGCACUGGAUAGUGGGGUUGGGGGGCAGUUGGACUUUGGGAAGUGAGCCCCCCCACAUCUGUACAUCCAGCCCCCGCAGCUGGGGCCUCUCUCAGUGCACGUCCUUGUGGCCAAAGUCACAUUGGGAUUCGUUUUCUGUACGGUAAUUUUAGGGUGCUCUCCCAGUCCUGAAGGGUUCUGAUUCAAGCACUGCCUCAGUCAUACAGCUGGGAGGUCAAAGCUGUGCUGACCUCAGGCCUGUCCCGCAGGCUCUACUUCAUUCUCAACUUCAGAUUUGAAAGUCAGAGCAUUUCCUUUAGAAGUAUCCAUUCUUGGCAAACAGGUCUUCCGCGACCUUUCUCCGUAGCUUCUGUAAAGAUGCCCUUACUGCCAUCUGCCAGCCCUGUGAGCUGGGGCUAGACACCCCCGGUCAGCUGGAUUGCUCAUCCAUACCUUGGUCAUCAAGAUGAUCGAAUCAGCCUUGAGUGACCGGAAAGACCUGACAUUUUCAGGCUGUUCCAGCGCCCUGUACCUGCUUGCUCUACCCCGUGAUGAGCCCUGGUGACACCUGAGGUAGUUUUUACCCCCCAUCAUUGGGAGCUUCUUGUCUGUGUUAAUAUGGGCAGCCACCUGUAAUUUUAAAAUCAGGCUUAUAACAUUGUAUCAUGUUUUUAUGCUCCUGAUAUGAAGAGAAUCUGUAAUAGAAGUAAAACCUACCCCCUAAAAAUGUUUGGCCGUGGGUCUGCAUUAAAUGGUAUAAUCCGUGUUCAUGGAAAAAAAUGGCUGGGAAUGUUUGCUUUCUUCCCCUACAUUCAGUCAGCAUUGCUUUCAGAUCACCAUCCCGAGAGUCAGUCACCCUAUAAUGAAGUCGGUAUGAAAAUAAAUUAAUGAAUAUGUCUACUAAGUACAGUUUAAUGCUUUAUUUUACUAAAAUGCCUUGGUUUAUUAUAAUUUAGUAUGUUUGUUUUUCUGAUUUGUUUUACUUUGCCAAUUUUUACCUAAUGUUUGAGGGUCUAAGCUUAUCCUGUACAUGCAGGGAUUUUUAAGCAAAACUUUCUAGCUUUGACCUCGCCUGGUAUUUUUCUCUUAAGAAUAAUUGGAGAAACACUUGCCAUUGAUUUUGAUGUAUAAUCCAGCUGUGUCACCCGUGUGGCAGUUCCUGUCCCCUCAGUUGUUUGACUGUUGUAAUAGUAUGUCAAUUUGGUACGAUUUUUAAAUAUACACAUUAGUAUACCCUUAAUUACUAAUGAAAUAAAACCUCUUAGCUUAUCUUUGCUGUGGCGAAAG